AUGCAUGGAAUAUUGACGGUUUCGGUUUCGGCCAUUUUUUUCAACAAUUUUUUCAAGGAUUUGGUGCCCAAUGGAUUUCUUGGCGUGGAUUCGUGAGUUUUCGAAGGAUUUGGGAAUUUUUUGAAUUUGCCACGUGGAUUUCCGAGCAAUUUGUGAGAGAAAUCGGAGCCACGUGGAGGAUUUUUUGGAGGCUGAAAUUUGAGCUUUAGCUGAAUUCAGCUUCAAGAUAGAAUUUGCCACGUGGAUUUCUGGUCAGAAAAUUAUCGUGGAUUUUUAGAACACAAACUGAACUUCUGCCAUGUGGAUUUUUGUUAAUUUUGAAGUUGAAAACUUGAUCGAUGCCACGUGGAUUUCAGAUGAAUUUUCAGAGCGGAAAUUCAAAUUUUUCGCAACAAAAACGCAAGUUCGAACUUCUGCCACGGUUUUGCGAAAAAUGUGAAUUUUUGUAAAUUUGGAAGUUGAAAAUUUGAUUGAUGCCACGUGGAUUUCAGGCAAAUUUUCAGAGCAAAAAUGAAAGUUUUGCCACGUGGAUUUUUCGACAAAAAAACAUGAUUUUGAACUUCUGCCACGUGGAUUUCAAGUUGAUUUUUAAGCACAUUUUCCAAAAAAAUAAUUUAGAUGUUCUGUGGAUUUUUGACAUGAAAAUGUGAUUUCAAAAACUGAAUUUGAAUUUUUUUUGAUGCCACGUGGAUUUUUCGCGUAAAAAAACAUAAUUGCCAUGUGGAUUUCAUGUGGGUUCUCAAAACCAAAAUUGUCAAAAAAUCUAGAUGUUCUUCCACGUGGAAUUUCGACAAACUUUUUUGAUUUAAAAAACUAAAUUUUAAUUUUUUUUUGAUGCCACGUCGAUUUCAGACGAAUUUUCAGAGCAAAAAUUUAAAUUUUGCCACGUGGAUUUUCGGCUCAAAAUUUGGAAACUGACAUUCUAAUAAUUUUGAACUUCUGACACGCGGAUUUCAUGUAGAUUCUCAAAAUCCAGAUGGCCAAAUUUUUCCUAAAAAAAAUUGCAAAAAAAAAUUACGUCACAAAUUCCCCAGCAAAAUCCAAAACAUUCAGAAUUUUCGUUCUCGCCGGCUACACCCUAAUGUCAAUAAUGUCAACCAAAAAACCCCAUUCAACCACACUCAUCACCCAAUUCCGAUUUCUGAUAACUUCUUGCAUUCGAAACUAUCUUCCUCUUUACUAUUUCACAAUUUUGCUAACUCGAAUGGCUAUGAAAUUCCACGUGGUGAAGAAACUUGUCUAUUGGAACGCAUUUGUCAAAUCGUCACUUUUCCAAUCAAACGAUGAAAUUCACAAUCCAUUUUCACAGUUGUCUUAUAUUUCAGUGCUUGUGCAGGUAUCAUCUCAAAUUUUUCCAAAAUUUCUGAAUUUUUCUAGUGUGCCUGCCUCGCCCUUAUUGUAUUCCUAAUCCUUCUCAACAACCCAAAACUCAUCCAAAUGUGCUUUAUCGCAAUUUCCAUCUUCUCUUUUCAAUUUAUGAGCGAUGAUAGUUAUUUCGAAAAUAAGUUUCAAGGAAGAAUGUGGCAGUUUUUGAUUGGUUGUUUGGCUCAAAAUCUCUUGGAGCAUAGAUAUAAUCGUGUUGGCAUUUUUUCGGGGAUUUUUAUGAGUUUGGUGUUGAUUUUCCCGGGGGAUUUAUCGAUGGUGAAGAUUUGGGUGAGGUAAAAGUUUUUCUUGAAUCUUCAGAAAAAAUCCGAAAAUUCUCCCAGAAUCCUUGUAUGCCUCCUCACCGCAUUUUCCUGCCAUCACCUCCAAAUUCUCUCAAAAAACCGCGUCUUGCUCUACCUCGACAAUUUCUCCUACAAACUUUAUCUCAUCCAUUGGCCGUUGUAUUUCAUCGCCGAAUUUUAUAGUCACAAUUUCACGGUGUUUUCUGGACUCGCCUUGAUUUCUGCUGCGAUUUUGCAUGAGAUUUAUGAGCGUUUUGCGAGAAAGCGCACGGAUUUUGCGAUGUUGAUUUUGUCGAUUGUUGAAAUUUUGAUUUGUGUUUUGUAUUUCUAUAUAAAUUGA